AUGGGAUUUGGUCUUAGAUGGAGGGCAUGGGUGAAGGAAUGUGUGACUACAGCGGCUAUGUCAGUGUUGGUAAAUGGGGCACCAUCCAAACCAUUCAGAAUGGAGAGAGGUCUUAGACAAAGAGACCCUCUUUCCCCCUUUUUGUUUGUUCUUGUCGUUGAUGUCUUGCACAGGAUGGUGGGUAAGGCUGUCAGAAAUGGACACAUCUUCCCAUUGCUGGUUGGAAGGGACAACAUAGAGUUGUCGCAUCUACAGUUUGUAGAUGACACAAUCUUAUUCUGCCCGCAAGAUACGGAGACAGUCAUGACUUAUAAGAGGCUUCUGCGUUGUUUUAAGUUGAUGUUUGGCCUGAGUAUCAACUUUGACAAGUCAAACUUGAUUCCGAUUAAUUGCGAGUAG